UGGUUAUAGAUUUCCGUUCAAUUAAAUAUAGGCGGGGAAUAAUUGGAAUGGAAAGGCUUUGCGAAUGCGGAGAGCUGGCGAGGGCGAUUGAAAGAGGUGGCGACCAGUGAGUGCCAAUGAACUGGGCAGCCAGCUCAUGGUACUUCGCUCAGCCUCAUUAUCGCUUGGAUAUAUAUUAAGUGAUUCCCCUCUUCCUUGCACCCAUUUCUUACAUUCAUUAUGCAAAACCAUGACUGAUUGGAUAUUUAGAAACGGCUCUUCUCGCACCUUCUCGUUAGCUUUUCUAUUCGCUUAGCCCAAUCACGCCCCUUAUGCCUCAGUUAGAUCCAGCGGUGUAUAAGGUAGCAUGGAUUGCGCCUCUCGAGAUCGAGGCUCUGGCCGCUUGGCACAUAAUGGACCAACAACAUGAAGGCAGGUUCGCCUUGGGCCCCGGUGACGAUUACGUGUACCGUGCCGGCAAUAUGUGUGGACACAACGUGAUCAUUGCGACCCUGCCAGCGGGCCAAGAGUACGGGACCGGCUCUGCAGCUGCUCUUGCUAGUCAAGUCAAGAAGUUUUUCCCGAAUCUCUGGUUUGGAUUGCUUGUCGGUGUUGCUGCUGGCUUGCCCGAUCUUUCUAAGACCCCACCGCGUGAUAUACGCCUCGGCGAUGUUCUUGUCGCUUUUCCCGAGAAGGAGGCUGCGGGGCUCGUUGCCUAUGAUCUAGGCAAAGAGACACCAGUAGACGGAUUCAAGCUCUUGCAAUCGGGGCAUAUUCUAGCUACUACUGAACCUAUCGUUGGAUCCGCUAUUAGCUCUCUCAAGUGGUUCGCGCCUAACGAGUCGCAUCAUUUUUCACGAUAUUAUGAGGCGAUAAAGGACAAGGAGCACAUAGGAGGUACGUUUGGCGACCCUGGUCAGGACCAGGACAAGCUGUACGAAACAGUUGGGGGUGGAGGGGAACGGCUAUUGGAGCGACCAUUGCGGCCCGCCCCCAAAAGGACGCGAGUGUGGUACGGACCAAUAGGUUCGGGUGAAAAGCUUAUGAAAAACGCAGCAAAACGAGACGAGCUAAGGGAUAAAUACAACCUCAUUGGGCUUGAGAUGGAAGCAGCAGGGACGAUGAAUCGUAUCCCAGUCGGCGUCAUCCGGGGGGUGUGUGACUACGGAGACGAGCACAAAAAUAAGGCAUGGCAGCCUUACGCUGCGGCCAUGGCUGCUGCGUAUGCUAAAGCCGUUCUGGCUCAAAUCGGGCCCAAAUCAAAGACAUCUGAUGCAGCGGCCUCGACAACAGGUCAGACAAACACGGUUAACCAACCACCUACCUACCACUCUAUUUUCAAUGGUCGAGGUAUUCAGAACUCCGGUUCUGGGAAUUUUUCGGUCGGCGGAAGCAUGAAUAUCAAUUAAAUACCUAGGUACUGGAGGGAAAAGGAUAUUAGGUACCUAUAUAAGCCUCAUGUGCUAUGACGCUUUCGAACUCCAAUCAUUAAUGUUCAUGGCCUACAUGUGUAACCGCACUGAAAGCUGACAAUCGGGUACCAUGGAUGUGGCUGUGUAGAUACUCAAGCAGGCUGCCAGCGCGACACCGAGUUGAUCCCCCCUCAUCUUCCUCAUUCGAUCUUAAGAAAUUCCAAUGCCAUCAAGACGAUUUGAUGCGACGAGUCUCAAAUUCAAUCACAUACCCCUCUUUCAGACAAGAUGUCGCCAGCUGCCGAUAGCCUAUAGAAAAGAAUGGCGGAUAGUACUAUUGGGUCUAGUUUCGUCGGGGCUGGCAUUCAGCACUCGGGACAAGGUAACUUCAAUGUCAACGGCAACGUGGCAGUUGGUGUUUCAAAGAAUAACUCACUUGCCGACUUGCGAUUGACCGAUCCCCGUGACGAUAAGAAACGUAUAGAGCAGACUAAAGGUGGACUGCUGCGGGAAUCCUACCGCUGGAUCCUCGAUCACCACGAUUUCUUGCGAUGGCGCAACAAUUUCGACAGCCGU